CCCUCCGAGAUCACCAAACUAGCUAGUCUUGCAAAUCACUUCCCACUUCAAUAAAAGUUCUAUAUAGUUUAAUCAUAAGAUGGCAAAGUUGGCUAUCCUAGCAGCGGUGUUCGGAAUGCUUCUGGUGGCUGCCACGGCCAGGACCACCAUGCUCUCCUUGGAGGUUGAUGAGGAGGAGAACCAGAGGGGCCGCUGCUUGGAUGAGCUCGAGAGGGCACAGAUGCUCAGCCACUGCCAGGAUUUCCUCGAGGAGGUCUCUAGGACCGGCGACAGCAGCCAGUGCUACGGCGGCGGUGGCCAGUAUGGUCCCGGCAGCCAGUAUGGUGGUCGCGGCGGUCGCGGAAUGAGGGGAAGCUGGCACUUGGAUGCUUGCUGUGACCAGCUCAGACAGGUGGACGAGCGAUGCAUGUGUGAGGGGCUGAGGCAGAUAGUGAGGCAACAAACUGGACAGACUUUCGGCGUCCGCGGCUCUCAGCAGAUUGCGCAGUGCGCAAGGCAGCUUCCUCAGAUAUGCGGAAGCGGACGGAGCUGCUACCAAAUCCGCGUUCCCUAUGACGUCGGUGUCUGAGCGUCAGACAUUGCUGCGACUCUUAAAUAAAAGCUCACCAUAUCUCCCAACAAAAUUACAUUUGUGGCCUUAAAAGCCAUUUAAAAUAAUUUGGAGAGAUUUGGUGACAAGCUAGUUAGCAUAAUAAAUCCCACAUUAUCGUGUGGGUUGGAACGUAAUUAGAUGGUUUUGCGGCUUUGUACUGCACACGUAGGUUUUCAAAUUAUGAAAUAAAACUGUCCCUCUAUCGACAUAA